AUGAAGUACUUUGUCAACGCCAUUACCAAGGCUGUGAUUGAGCGCCAUCUUGUCGAACCACUCCCUGAUCUGGUUCUCUCGCCCUUGGUCGUCACCGAGAUGGCCGAGCAGGAGGUUGCAUUUGUUGCGGCUGAGCCAGUCGAGGCCGCACAGCAGCGCGCAUAUUUGGACAACAAGAUGGGCAUGUCGGAGAAGGGUAUCAGCUCAGCUAUCGGGUUGAUCCGUUCAAACGUACCGAAGCCAAAGCAGCAUAUGGAGGAAGCAGGAAUGAAAUGGUAG